GAAGAAAGCAAUUAGUAUAGCAGCGUACCUUCCUAUAAUAAUUGAAUAUGUACUCAAUGCUACUUGUAUCCCUCCUCGUUGCGUCAGCGCUAGGAGCAGAAUGCCCACCGGACGGCUCUCCAUUCUUCAACAUCCCGCAUGAAACCGACUGUUCUAAAUUCUACACGUGUGCUCAUGGUGUGCCAGUGCUGCAGACCUGUCCUGAUGGCACUCACUUCAGCCCCAUGCACUUGGUAUGUCAAGACCCCGUGUUCGCCGGCUGCGAUAACACCCUCCCAGCGCUGUGUCCGGACUGGAGCCUCCUCCCCAGACCGCACCCUGACGACUGCAGCAAGUUCAUCGUAUGCCAAUACGGCACCGUUCACGAGUUCGACUGCCCGGAGGGGUUAGAAUUCAACGCUGAACUUCUGGAAUGCGUGUGGCCCGCCGAAUCUAACUGCAAUGUUUCACAAGCUUCAACAGAAAAACCUCAAACGGAGUCGUCUCAAGAUGGCGCCGGAGAAAAUGGCGACGAACAAGAUGGUGAAUCAGAAGUAGGAGACUGUCAGCAAGGAGAUCUGUCAAAGCAUGAAGAUUGCAGCAAAUAUAACGUGUGUAAUGGUGGUGUUCAAGUAGCCAUGGACUGCCCGGCGGGUUUGCAAUGGAACUCUGAACUCUCGUUUUGUGAUUGGCCAGAAUCAGCCGGGUGUCAAUAAAAAUAGGCGUUUUUACGAAUAAUUUUAUGACUCCAAAAUAAAAAAUACAAAAAAUAAUACACUGUUUUCAUUUAUAUUCUAUUUCAUACUCGAUAAC